AUGUCGACGAUUCACACCCGCCAUGUCGAUCCGGUCCUUCAAUACCGAGACAUCAUAAGUCAAGGCCAACUGGACAGCUGGAGCGACCAGGCAACGAGGCCGCCCCACUGCCUCGUGUUUUUUGUUGCCCUAUGA